AGACGUACCUCACCUGUCCAUAAAUCAAGAUGGCUGUGAGGAGCGAGGCCAGGGUGGAGGCAGAGGUAGAGGAAGAGGAGAGUUUUGGACCACAGCCACUGAGCAGACUUGAGGUAGGUGUUGGUGCAUUUAUUCCUAAUUUAUCAGGGGUACAGUAUUAGCUAUGUUUGGCUGAUAAUGACAGGCAAUUCCCCGUACUAGGCAGAACUGAUUAAUAUUCAAAUGUUCCGUCUUCACAUCAAAUGCAUGAUGGUAGUGUCAUUUGCAAUGUCUCCUACACAGCAAUGUGGCAUCAGUGCCAGUGACAUAAAGAAACUGGAGGAUGCAGGCUUCCACACCAUUGAGGCAGUGGCCUAUGCCCCCAAGAAGGAGCUGCUUAACAUCAAGGGGAUCAGUGAGGCCAAAGCAGACAAAGUCCUGGUUAGGUCACCUUCAUAUACCAAUCAGAGUUUUUAUUUUCUGCUCAUUUUGGGUUGCCCACAGUUGACAUUAGGCCUGAUAUAAUGACUGUGGCUGAUGUUCCUCUACCUCUAUGGUAUUUUCUCCAGGCUGAAGCUGCCAAACUAGUGCCCAUGGGCUUCACCACAGCAACAGAGUUCCACCAACGCCGAGCUGAAAUCAUCCAGGUCUCCACUGGGUCUAAAGAGCUGGACAAGCUGCUACAGGGUGAGGCUGGGAUCGUUGGCAGUUACCUAGAUUUUAGAACCAUUGUUUAUGACUCAGGACACGUUUUUUGAGUUGCCCAGUUGUAUUUGUCGUUAUCGUUAGUAUGAAAAAGUUUUUCUCUCUCUCUCAGGUGGGAUAGAGACAGGCUCCAUCACAGAAAUGUUUGGAGAGUUCCGGACAGGAAAGACACAGCUGUGCCACACCCUUGCAGUCACCUGUCAGGUACUGGUCAUGGUGCCAUUCUUUUUCACACUAAUAAAGGAAGACUUUGCUGUACACUCUUAUCUCAUACCAAUCACAUCUGCUCACAGCAUAUGACGAUAGCACUCAGGACAUUCAAUUUUUUGAUUUUGUGCUUUUCCCCAACUCAGUUGCCCAUUGACCAGGGUGGUGGAGAGGGCAAAGCCAUGUACAUUGACACAGAGGGGACCUUCAGGCCAGAGAGGUUACUGGCUGUAGCAGAGAGGUGAGUUCUCUCAUGGACUAACACAAUAACAAUGGAGUAGCUACUGGGUUAUAUGACACUGACAGAUAGAAAUUUGGAGCAACACUAUUCCACUACAGGAAUAACAGGCAUCAAUUUCUGUCUGUUCAGAGAGUUACCAUUGCAAAUGCAGUACUUCCUUCAAAAAGCUGUAUCACACUAGAAUGUACUGUUGUGUCUUUUAUUAGGUAUGGACUUGUUGGGAGUGACGUUCUGGACAACGUAGCCUACGCUAGGGCCUUUAACACAGACCACCAGACCCAGCUGCUUUACCAAGCCUCAGCCAUGAUGGCAGAGUCCAGGUCAGGCCCAUCUCCCUCCCUCUUCGUGAAGUUUCCGAUCCUUCAGAUGUUUUUCCAUUUCUCACAUACCUUGCUUUCCUUCCAUGUUAAUAGUAUUGUUUGUAACAUGAGUUGGUGAUCUGGAAUAAGGACACCCUCAAGGAAAUCCUAGUAAAGUACCCCUAUGGUCACCCAGUCUGCAACGCUAUAGGUCUCUAACCAUGUGGCCCCUUCUCUCUCUCUCAGGUAUGCCCUGCUGAUAGUGGACAGUGCCACAGCCCUCUACAGGACUGACUACUCCGGGAGGGGAGAGCUCGCUGCACGGCAAGGCCACCUGGGACGCUUCCUGAGAAUGCUGCUGAGGCUAGCAGACGAGGUAAGGUCAGGGCUAGAAUUACAGGGGCUUUGUCUGUUCGCCGAACUCCUUAUCUAUUGCGCUGGUGUCGGUCUAAUGCAAUAUGUUUAUCAGCAACAUUCUGAACCCUUCUCUGUAGAUCAAUUUUAUGUGUGUGCACAACUCUCUUCAUGGUAUGGUCAUAACGCUAAAAACAUUUUUGUCUCGCGCCUUGUCACAGUAUGGCGUUGCCGUGGUGAUAACCAAUCAGGUGGUGGCCCAGGUAGACGGUGCUGCCAUGUUCUCGGCAGACCCUAAAAAACCUAUCGGGGGCAACAUCAUGGCACAUGCCUCCACUACGCGGUGAGUGACUCCAUUGACCCCUUCUUACUCCCUCUUUGUCACAUUCAAAUUUUUUCAAACAUAGCAUACCACUUGUUAAGCCCCUGGGUUCUAGAAGAAUACAGCUAGCUAUCAAGCUAAAACCGCUCCUUGUUUUCAGACUGUACUUGAGGAAAGGCCGUGGGGAAACGAGGAUCUGCAAAAUCUACGACUCGCCCUGCCUUCCAGAGUCUGAAGCCAUGUUUGCCAUCAACGCAGAUGGGGUGGGCGACGCCAAGGACUGAGCUCAGCUGCCACCAUACCAGGGAGUGAGAGCAUGGCUGUAUGUCAUGUGGCUAUGCCCCUCACCAUAGACUUGCACAAUGGCAGCUCUUGUGUGUUUGUGUGUACACACUUCCCUGAGGGGAGAGCUAAGAAAAAUGGCUAAUGGGGAGAUGCUGGCCAUAACUGUUGGGUUGAUAUGAUUUUGGACCGUCCCAUUACUGAGGGAAGAAUGCAUUCCUACACUACGAGAGGGUACUUUGCAUGGAGAA